UUAAAAAAUAUUUUCCCAUAUGGAGCAUCUAAGUAGUGAAUCAAAAUUCAUACUCUUGCUUGCCAGGGAAUAUAUCAUCGUCUCCAUUUUUCUGUUUAAGCUCUACCCAGACUUCACUCUUUCUUUCUUGCUCGCUCGAAACUUGCAAACACCGAAAGAGAGAUAAGAUCGUCGCUAAUCGAUUCAACUAUUACAGAUCUCACAUUCAACAAUGGCGCAACCUCUCAUCAAGAAGGACGACGAUCGCGAUGACGAAUCUGAAUACUCGCCAUUUUUGGGGAUCGAAAAGGGAGCUGUGCUUCAAGAAGCUAGGGUUUUCAACGAUCCUCAACUUGAUCCUAGAAGAUGUUCACAGGUUAUUACCAAGCUUCUUUACUUGCUGAACCAAGGAGAAACAUUUACAAAGGUCGAAGCCACAGAAGUAUUCUUUUCUGUUACAAAAUUGUUCCAGUCGAAAGAUAAUGGGUUAAGAAGAAUGGUGUAUUUGAUGAUUAAGGAACUCUCACCAUCUGCUGAUGAGGUUAUCAUCGUCACGAGCUCUUUAAUGAAGGACAUGAACAGCAAGACUGAUAUGUACCGGGCAAAUGCUAUUCGUGUGCUUUGUCGAAUCACUGAUGGAACACUUCUUACUCAGAUCGAAAGGUACUUGAAACAAGCUAUUGUUGACAAGAACCCUGUUGUUGCAAGUGCUGCGCUAGUCAGUGGCAUUCACUUGCUCCAGACCAACCCAGAGAUAGUGAAACGAUGGAGCAAUGAAGUACAGGAGGCUGUUCAAUCACGGGCUGCUCUUGUGCAAUUUCAUGCUCUAGCUCUGUUGCACCAGAUAAGGCAAAACGACCGUUUAGCUGUGAGCAAACUUGUCUCUAACUUGACUAGAGGAGCAGUGCGCUCUCCAUUGGCACAGUGUCUCUUAAUCCGAUUUAUUAGUCAGGUUAUCCGAGAGUCUGGAAAUUCUCAAACAGGUGAUCGGCCAUUUUAUGACUAUCUUGAAGGUUGCCUUCGUCACAAGGCAGAAAUGGUUAUUUUUGAGGCUGCCAGAGCCAUUACAGAGCUAAGUGGUGUUACAAGCCGGGAGUUGACUCCAGCAAUCACUGUCCUUCAGCUGUUCCUCAGCUCUUCUAAGCCUGUUCUUCGUUUUGCAGCUGUUCGUACACUGAACAAGGUAGCUAUGAUGCAUCCCAUGGCUGUGACAAACUGCAACAUUGACAUGGAAAGCCUGAUCUCUGAUCAAAAUAGAAGCAUUGCCACACUUGCCAUUACAACUCUUUUAAAAACUGGUAAUGAAUCGAGUGUGGAUCGCCUCAUGAAACAAAUCACGAACUUUAUGUCGGACAUUGCAGACGAGUUUAAGAUUGUUGUUGUUGAAGCCAUUAGAUCUCUUUGUUUGAAGUUCCCUUUGAAAUUCAGAUCACUGAUGAACUUCUUGAGCAAUAUCCUCCGAGAAGAAGGUGGAUUUGAUUAUAAAAAGGCCAUCAUUGAUUCUAUUGUGAUCCUUAUUAGAGAUAUCCCUGAUGCAAAAGAAAGUGGGCUUCUGCACCUCUGUGAAUUUAUUGAGGACUGUGAAUUUACGUACCUAUCCACUCAGAUUCUGCAUUUCUUGGGUGUUGAGGGGCCAAAAACAUCAGAUCCUAGCAAAUAUAUUCGGUAUAUCUAUAACAGAGUAAUUCUUGAGAAUGCCACUGUUAGAGCUAGUGCUGUGAGUACAUUGGCAAAAUUUGGUGCUGUUGUUGAUUCACUGAAGCCCCGUAUUUUCAUUUUGUUGAGACGCUGCCUGUUUGACAGUGAUGAUGAGGUUCGUGAUAGGGCAACUCUUUAUCUGAAUAUGCUGGGAGGUGAGAGCGGAGCUGUUGAUACUGAUGAAGAUGCAAAAGAGUUCCUCUUUGGGUCCCUUGAUGUGCCUUUAUCCAAUCUUGAGACUAGUCUGAAGAACUAUGAGCCCUCCGAAGAACCAUUUGACAUCAACUCUGUCCUCAAGGAGGUUAGGUCUCAGCCCCUUGCCGAGAAAAAAGCUACAAACAAGAAGCACCCUGGGUUGGAUACUCCUCUUUCUGCUCCAACAACUGGCGUUGAUGCUUAUGAGAAAUUACUCUCCUCCAUUCCAGAAUUCUCCUCUUUUGGCAAGCUCUUUAAGUCUUCGGCUCCUGUCGAGCUUACUGAAGCUGAAACUGAGUAUGCAGUUAAUGUUGUCAAGCAUGUAUAUGAUGGACACAUUGUGUUCCAGUACAAUUGCACUAACACUAUUCCAGAGCAAUUACUAGAAGAUGUUGUUGUUUUUGUGGAUGCUUCUGAAGCAGAGGAGUUUGCUGAAAUAGCAUCUAAGCCUCUCAAGUCUCUUCCAUAUGACACUCCUGGACAGACAUUUGUGGCCUUUCAGAAACCUGAGGGAGUACCUGCUGUAGGCAAAUUUACAAAUAUCUUGAGAUUCUUUGUGAAGGAGGUUGAUCCUUCUACUGGCGAGGCAGAGGAUGAUGGUGUGGAAGAUGAAUACCAGCUUGAAGACUCAGAAGUUGUAGCAGCAGAUUAUAUGUUGAAAGUUGGUGUUUCUAAUUUCAGAAAUGCUUGGGAAAGCAUUGGUGAUGACUUUGAGAAAGUGGAUGAAUAUGGUCUUGGCCCUAGGGAGAGCUUAGCAGAAGCAGUGAAUGCUGUCAUCAAUCUUCUUGGCAUGCAACCCUGUGAGGGUACUGAUGUUGUUCCAAAUAAUUCGAGGUCUCACACAUGCCUGCUUUCUGGUGUAUUCAUCGGAAGUGUGAAGGUUCUUGUUCGACUGCAAUUUGGUCUUGAUGCAAACCGAGAAGUGGCAAUGAAGCUUGCUGUUAGAUCAGAAGACGAAGUCGUUAGCGAUACAAUUCAUGAAAUUGUCGCAAGCGGCUAAAUGAGUGAAUGUUCGAUUGUUUUAGGUGAAAGUCGUAGUGCAUCACUGGGAGACGUAUAAGUUGUAGAGAUGAGGAUUUUCCCAACACAAGCAAGGCUUGCCACAGAAAAAUCGUUACAUUUACUUUUUGUGUUGAUGCAAUUUAUAUGACAAAUUACUGUACUUUAUAGAGUCCUGGUUCAGAGUGGGAUUUGGGGGAUUAAUUCUAUUAUAUGGACCAGAGUUGUAUGUAUACCCCUUGCCCCAAAUAGAAUUCUGAAAUUCUUUUUUGUUUUUGGUCCUGUUUUUAUGUAUGAAUCUACCCAAUUUUUUCAUAAAUCAUGAGAUAUAUGUUGUGUUUACUUAAAAAAACAGAAUAAAUAUAUUAUUGUACUCUAUUAUAUCAUUA